AUGAGACCCAACCCCAACAACCACAGCCAGAGGGGCCCCGGGCUGCUGCCCCCGGGGCUGCCUGUCUUUCAGCCGCACACAGUGCAGACAUUGUCUGUCACGGUGCAGCAAACCGCGGCCAACGGCCUCCCCCAGACGCAGCCUUCACUUCUAAAUGCAGCAGAGCUGCAAGGCCACCAGUUUGAGCAGCAGGUUGACUGGCAGCUGCAGCAGCAGCAGCAGCAGCAGCGGCAAGAAAGCGAGCACCAUGCGUUGCUCCGGCAGCAGCAGGAGGUGCUGCACGCGCAGCAGAUCCUGCUGAUGCAGCAGCAGCAGCAAGUCUGGCAGCAGCAGCUGCAGCACGGCCAUCAUGCCUGGCUGCAGCACUCGAACUGGCAGACGCAGCACACGCAGCUGCUGCAUGUUCAGCAGCAGGGUGCGCAGCAGCAGCAGCUACUGCCCCCUCAGCAGCAGAGCAUGCUGCAGGAGCAGCAGCACGCCACCCUGCAGCAGCAGCAGCUGCUGCUGCUGCAGCAGCAGCAGGAGGAAGAGAGGAGGCGCCAAGAGGAGCGCGACGCCACUUUGAGGGAGCUGCAGAGAGUGUGGCGGAGGCCUUUGGAGAAUCUUCCUUCUCCAACAGAGAGGUGGGAGCAGCAGCAGCAGCUGCUGCUGCAGCAGCAGCAGCAGCAGCGGCAGCUGCAGGCGGACGACGCGGAAGACGAGGAAGAGCCGGCCGAGCAGCAGCCGUCUGUGUGGCAGCAGCUGUUUCGGCAGCAGCUGGAUGAGCAGCAGCGGCAGCACCAGCAGCGGCAGCAGCUUGAAGAGCAGCAGGGAGACUCGCAGCAGCAGCAGCAGCAGCAGCAGCAGCAGCAGCCGCAGUGGCCGCAGCCAGGCACAGCUUCUUGGGAGAUUGCGAGGGACUCCAUUAACGAGUUGGCGCGGCUGUCUUACCGGGAGGAGAUGUGGGAGCAGAAGCAGCGGCAGUACCUGCAGCAGCAGCGGCAGCAGCGGCAGCAGCAGCGGCAGCAGCAGCGGCAGCCCCACAGGCAGCAGCGGCAGCAGCAGCAGCAGCAGCAGCAGCAGCAGCAGCAAACAGCGCACCGGCGCCGCUCCGGUUCUGAGGAUCGCGAGAGGCUCCAGGCUGUGUCUGCUGCUGCUGCCUGUCCGGGGAGUCCCGCUGCUGCUGCUGCUGCUGCUGCUGCUGCGGCGGCGGCGGCCGCCGCGGUCGUCGGGGAUGCAGCAGCAGCAGCUGCUGCUGCUGCUGCGGCGGCGGUCUCCGGUGGCGGCCGCAACGCCCGGAAGCGGCAGCAGCAGCAGCAGCAGCAGCAGCAGCAGCGCGAGCGCGAUGACUUCCCCCACCUCCAGUAG